AUGAGCGGAACCUCCAUACUAGUUUCCACAGUGACAAUCCCCCCAAUAAUACCUGCUUUUGAUGAUGCUAAUAAGAGCGUGGGCUCAUCCUACAUCCCUGCCGAUGGCUCUCUGACUGUUCUUCUUCCUCUCAGCCCAUCUCCAAUAAGGACCAGAGCCUGUCAAGAGCUCCAGAGCAAGGUCAAGCUGACCUUGCUGGAAGGAGACAUCCUGGAUGAACAGUGCUUGAAGCGAGCCUGCCAGGGCACCUCGGCUGUCAUUCAUGCCGCCGCUGUCAUCGAUGUCUUCAAUGUCAUUCCAAAAGAGACCAUCAUGAAUGUCAAUCUGAAAGGUACCCAGAUCCUGCUGGAGGCCUGUGCCCAGGCUAGCGUGCCCAUCUUCAUUUAUACCAGCACCAUAGAGGUGGCUGGGCCCAACUCCUACACGGAGGCCGUCCGGAAUGGCUGCGAAGAAGAGCAUCUGGAAACGGUGUGGUCGGCUCCCUACCCAUACAGCAAAAAGCUCGCUGAGAAGGCCGUGCUGGCAGCGAAUGGGUGGGCUCUUAGAAACGGUGGCACCUUGUACACGUGCGCCUUAAGGCCCCCGUAUAUCUACGGGGAAGGCAGCCCCCUGCUCUAUGGCUUUAUUGACCACGCCCUGAAGAACAACGGCGUCCUGACACAUAACAGCAAGCUGUCCGUGGUCAACCCCGCCUACGUCGGCAACGUGGCUUGGGGCCACAUUCUAGCUUUGAGGGCCCUGCGGGACCCCAAGAAGGCCCCAAACGUCCAAGGACAGUUUUACUACAUCUCCGAUGACACACCUCACCAAAGCUAUGAUCACCUCAACUACACUUUGAGCAAAGAAUGGGGCUUCUCCCUCGACCCCAGCAUGAGCCUUCCCGUAUCUCUGAAGUACUGGCUCGGCUUCCUGCUGGAAAUCCUGAGCUUCCUGCUCAGCCCAGUUUACCAAUACCAGCCGCCCUUCACCCGCCACUUGGUGACAUUGUUGAAUAGUGUGUUCACCGUCUCCUAUAAGAAAGCUCAGCGAGAGCUGGGCUACGAGCCCCUCUUCAGCUGGGAGAAAGCCAAGCAGAAAACCACGGAGUGGAUUGGCUCCCUGGUGGAACAGCACGAGGAGACCCUGAAAACAAAGAGUCACUGAGCCGGGGGUGACAAGGAUGUGGGUGUGGACGUUGUUAGAUGUCUGUCAAGCUCCCCCCUUUACGCUUCAUACGGAAAGUAACACAGGCACCACUCCAGGUCCCCUUUUAGGAGACAGCCAUCUUGGUGUCUUCCUCCUACCAUUGGAAACCCUCCCAGUCAUCA